GACAGAAACUCCGUGAGUGGAGUUCAGGCUGACGUCAUGAAACUGUGACGUUUGAGCCACUUCCUGUUCUCAGUCCCAGCGUCCUGAUCACCGAGGUUUCUGUUGCUCUGAUAUCUGAUAUUGAUUAUAUUGGUAAACAGGCUGUAGCAGAACUAUCAGACUAACUCCACCCUGACAUCAAGAAGAUGGAGGAAGAGGAUGGAGCAGGAUCUGCAGCAUCCAGCUGUGUGUCUGUGAGGAGUGACUGGUCCAAAGAACAUCCUCUAAACUUCAGUAAUGAACCUGGAGCAACAAUAGUGGAGCAGGAGAGAGCAGAGGUUUCCACUGGUCAGUCUGCACAGCAACAUCAAACACACCUGGACUCAGUGGUUAUGCGGCUGGAGGACAACAUCACCAUGUUUGUGAAGAACGAGCUGAAGAAGAUCCAGAAGCUUCUGAGUCCAGAUCACCCAGAAACUUUAAAGAGCCAGAUGGAGGAUGAGGAGAUGUUUGGAGGUGAGGAUGAAGAUGAAAGAAAGAGCUGCAGAGAAGCAUUUCUGAAGAUCACACUCCACUUCUUGAGGAGACUUAAGCAGCAUGAGAUGGCUGACCAUCUGCAGAGCAAAAUAUUUGCUUCACUCUGUAAACGUGAACUUAAAGCCCAACUGAAGAAGAAGUUCCAGUGUGUGUUUGAGGGCAUCGCUAAAGCAGGAAGCCCAACCCUCCUGAAUCAGAUCUACACAGAGCUCCACAUCACAGAGGGAGGGACUGCAGAGGUCAAUGAUGAACAGGAGAAACAACUGUACCAGAACAAGGUGUUCUGCUUUGUUCAUCUCAGUGUUCAGGAGUUUCUGGCUGCUCUUCAUGUCCACCUGACCUUCAUCAACUCUGGACUCAAUCUGCUGGAAGAACAACAAACAACGUCCAUGUGGCCUAAAUUAUUUGAUAAACCAAAACUCCAAUCUCUCCACCAGUGUGCUGUGGACAAGGCCUUACAGAGCCCCAAUGGACACCUGGACUUGUUCCUUCGUUUUCUCUUGGGUCUGAAGACUAAUCAAACUCGUUUGCAAGGCCUGAUGACACAGACAGGAAGUAGCGCACAGACCAAUCAAGAAGCAGUCAAGUACAUCAAGAAGAAGCUCAGUGAGAAUCUGUCUGCAGAGAAAAGCAUCAAUCUGUUCCACUGUCUGAAUGAACUGAAUGAUCGUUCUCUACUGGAGGAGAUCCAACAGUCCCUGAGAUCAGGACGUCUCUCCACAGAUAAACUGUCUCCUGCUCAGUGGUCAGCUCUGGUCUUCAUCUUACUGUCAUCAGAAAAAGAUCUGGAUGAGUUUAACCUGCAGAAAUACUUUGCUUCAGAGGAGGCUCUUCUGAGGCUGCUGCCAGUGGUCAAAGUCUCUAAAAAAGCUCUAUUGAGGGACUGUGGUUUGUCAGAGAUCAGCUGUGAUUAUCUGGCAGCAGCACUGAAGUCCAACCCCUCCCAUCUGAGAGAGCUGGACCUGAGCUCCAACAACAAGCUGCAUAAUUCAGGAGUGAAGCAUCUGUGUGGUUUCCUGGAGACUCCAGGAUGUGGACUUGAAACUCUGAGAUUGAGGGGCUGUGGUUUGUCAGAGAUCAGCUGUGAUUAUCUGGCAGCAGCACUGAAGUCCAACCCCUCCCAUCUGAGAGAGCUUGACUUGAGUAACAACUACAAGCUGCAGGAUUCAGGAGUGAAGCAUCUGUGUGGUUUCCUGGAGAGUCCAGGAUGUGGACUUGAAACUCUGAGAUUGAGGGGCUGUGGUUUGACAAAGAUCAGCUGUGAUUAUCUGGCAGCAGCACUGAAGUCCAACCCCUCCCAUCUGAGAGAGCUGGACCUGAGUAACAACUACAAGCUGCAGGAUUCAGGAGUGAAGCAUCUGUGUGGUUUCCUGGAGAGUCCAGGAUGUGGACUUGAAACUCUGAGAUUCGGGGGCUGUGGUUUGUCAGAGAUCAGCUGUGAUUAUCUGGCAGCAGCACUGAAGUCCAACCCCUCCCAUCUGAGACAGCUGGACCUGAGCUCCAACAACAACCUGCAGGAUUCAGGAGUGAAGCAUCUGUGUGGUUUCCUGGAGAGUCCAGGAUGUGGACUUGAAACU